AUGAUGCCUGAAAAAAUCGCGGCAUCGUGGCAGGACGAGGCAGCUCGCCCACCUCGGCCUCUCGCGGAUCAGAUGUGCUCCGCCUCUGCGUCUGCACAGCCAUCGCCCGGCGGCUCUCUGCUCUCCCUUCCCUGCGACUCACGGCGCCCACGAGGGUUGCAGGCAUCCCAGUCGCCCAAGAAGCAGCGCACCACCACGGGGCCUACCAGAGGCACGCGAGCGACGCCGGCAGGUCCUGCCAAGCUGAGGCUCAAAACGAAAGGACCCGUGCACAGAGCACAGAUAACUAUCGCCGCGCAGUUGUCAAACACCCACACCGUCAAGGAAAUGAUCAUGGCCAGAAGGGACUUCGCGGCGAACGCCCUGCGGUCUGGGCCCAGCAGGAAGGCAAACGAGACAAACCAGAUAGUUGCCUCAAGGAUGCACAAGUAA